CUCCAUCGCGACUCCACCACUCUUCACUCUGCAUCAACACACCCCUCACGCACGCCAUGGGCCUAUGGCAGAAUGCUCUAGUCAAUAUGGGCUUGGCCCAGCAAGGGCCAAAGAUUACAGCGCAGGACCGGGCCGUGUUGGACCUCAAACUCCAGCGCGAUAGGCUCAAGCAGUACCAGAAGCGGAUCCAAGUCGUGCUGGAUCGCGAGCACGAGAUUGCCAAGGACGCACUUGCCAAGGGCGACAAGCGGAGAGCCCUCACCGCACUCAGGCAACGAAAGUACCAGGAGCAGCUGUUGACGAGGACCGACGGACAGCUGCAGACGCUUCAGGAUCUGGUCAGCUCCAUCGAGUUCACGCAGAUCCAGGCUGCCGUCGUGCACGGCCUGGAGCAAGGAUCUGCCGUCCUCAAGCAGCUCCAGAAGGAGGUGUCUCUCGAGCGCGUCGAGAAGCUCAUGGACCAAAGCCGCGAGGGCAUCGAGUACCAGCGCGAGAUUGACGAGGCGCUCGCGAGCCAGAUGAGCCCGGAGGAGGAGGAGGCGGUGCAGCGUGAGCUGGAGGAGUUGCAACGGGAGGCUUUGCCCAAGAUCCCAGACGUGCCCGACACGCAGCCCAUCAGCCUCCCAGACGCGCCGGUGGACGAGCCGGCCGAGGCGGAGCCAGCCGCGGCGACAAAGGCGCAGGCGACGCACCCCGCCCUCCCCGUCGCGGCGGACAUCCUGUCCACGCUGCGGCAUCUCACCGCCCCAGGCAAGGGCAACGACCUGCGCGCGGAGGAGCGGACGGCGCUGGUCGGCGUCGCGGCGCUGUUGGGGUGUGAGCGAGUCCAAUCGCACGACCUGCUCGAAACCGCCGUCCAGCGCGCCUCGAGCGUCUCGCCCGCGCGCUUCAAGUCCGCGCUGGCGACGUCGCGCCGCCUCCUCGCGGCGGCGGAGGAGUCGGCGCCGUCCCCUUCCCGCCGCAGGCCAGCAACGCAGGCCGCGCCGGCGCCGACGGCCGUGCCGGCCCUCUCGCCAUUCGCGACGCCCAAGAAGAAGUUCAAGUACGCCUCUGGCGUCGACCUGUCCGGGCUCGUCAGCAGCCCGCACAAGCAUUCCCCCGCCACGGGGAGCCCGCUGAGGUCGAGCGCUAGUGCCAGUGCGAGCGCUGUCGCGACGCCGUCGAAGCGCGCGCGCGAGGUCGACGACGGCGACGAGGUUGAGACGACGCCGACCAAGCCGCGCGCCACGCCGCGCGCCGCGUCGGCCCGCAAGACGCAUAACGACGACGACGUCGCCGCGUUCUUCGCGCUCCGGCCCGGCGCUGGCACGAGCCCGGACAAGGGCAAGGGCAAGGCUGAGGCCGAGGACACCGCCGACGCCAACCUCGACUUUCUGCACCGCCUGCCCUCCCCGCCAGCGGUGUCUCGGCGGCGCACGAAGCGCCCGCGCAGGGACUGGACGUACGCCGAGGCAGUGUGGGCCUUGCCUGAUACCACUGAGCUGCUAGACGGGCUGGCCGCGAACGCUUCGGCAUUGCGUGACGAGCUGGCGGACGACGCCGACACGGAGCCGAAGGGCACAACCCUCGCCGCGCUCGUCCUCGCUACCUGGUCAUGA